AAGGGGGCCAUGCGCCUGUGUGUGUGUGUGGUGUGUGUGUGUGUGUGUGAGGCAGGCAGCCUCUCUCGAAGCAGCUUUGUUGGCGUCACCCUGUCUGGCUUGCCAGCUAGCAUCGGCACAUGUCCGGCGCGGCGUUGCCGUUUUUUCAAGGCCAGCCAGCCGCGUUCAGUCACUCUCAACUCUCCGAUCUUACCACACCUAUUUUUCUAACAAGAACUCCUUAUUUCCACCAUUAUUAAUUUGUGAAUUACAUUUGUGUUCUACAGUAUUCCUGUGAUCAAAACUCAUCUAUCUACUUGGGAAAAUCGUGAGAUUCCGUUUUUCGAAUUUCCGGUCGGUGGGGCGAGGUAGCGAGGAGACUUGACAGCGCGGCGGCCAACACAAACUCGUUUCACCUCUCCCUCACUCCUUCCCCCUUUUCAUCACUCAUCGCCCCCCUACGUCCGCCGCCUACGUGUGUUCUCUUUCCGAGAAUUCCCUCCCCGCUCUUGAGCCUCUACACAACCGACUCCGGCCAAAUAGACGAAAAGUUCAUCAGCGCUAGCACAGUUUUAUUGUUUCUCCUUUAUUUUACUCUAAUUUCGUGUGAAUUUAUAGAUGUGCAUUAUCAGUGGUAUUAGAAAAAAGUGUAGUUUCGAAUGUAUUAGCAGUCAAGUGUAAUAUUAGUGCGAUUAUUGGGUCGGGUGUGCCGUUGGAAGGCGCCUUUUAUUAUAGUAGUGCUGUUGUAGUGAAGAGAGAAGGGAGUCGAAGUAGACGCCAUACUGUCUGGCGCGACCGGGUGCGGUGCGGGCGAGCGAGCGUGCGUGCGCUCGAGUGUCAGUGUGGCGUGAUGUUUCCCGCUUGUCGGUUGCUGUUGCUGCUCUUGUGACCGCUGCGCUGGCCCUGUGGACUGCGGAACACUUUUCUCAGAUCGGACAUAGCCUAGCAGAACACUUUUCUCAGAUCGGACAUAGCCUAGCUACGCAAAGCAACAGACACCGCCCUAUUUCAUUGCUGAUAUUGUAUGUGCGUGCACUCAGUGAGCAAGUAGUCACGAUGAUCAAUCGACUGGACGGGGCGACUCACGAAUGGGACGCAGACAGGACGUCGCCGACAUCCACCACCAACAAACUGCCCGCUAAAUCCAAACGCGCCGAAGGCACCAAAGGCAUCGGAUCCAGACGGAUAUUUGCUCCUCACUUCAAACUACAGGUGUUAGAUUCCUAUCGGAGAGACUCUGACUGUAUGGGGAAUCAGCGUGCCACCGCCAGAAAAUACGGCAUUCACCGGAGACAGAUUCAAAAGUGGCUGCAAAUGGAAAGUCAAUUACGCUCAACGGUCGAAGAAAAAGAGUCAUUGGUCAGUUCAUCAACGGCCAGUCCUGUCAGCGAUUCAUCGGUGAAACCUGUAGCAUCGAAAACAUCAAAAGACGAAAGUUUAUCGCCUGUUACAACGACUGGAGCUACAACGUGCGUUGUACCCAAACGCUGCGAUCUCAGUUCAGCGCAAGUUAUAACCUCCUCAUCACCCGUUCAGGAAACAAUCCUCAACCUCAGUUCAACAAGACUGACUCCAAACGACUGUCGUCCUAAUAGCACUGAACGUUAUGUUCACAAUGAAGACAGUCCGCCACCAGCAACGACGAGAAGAGCCGAACCACCUCUGUCACCUGGUCAUGAGAGGAUAAUGUUGGCUGACGAGGAGGAUUCCGAUAUUGAGGUGGACGUUGACGGCACAUCGUCGGACGAGGAGACUGACGACGCGAGUAGUUGUGCUUCAACUGAUCAGGCUCUCGAUUUGACGUGUUCGGGGCUGGGGAAACGACGCUUUUUCUCAACAGAGUUCAAGUUGGGCGUUUUGGAUGCAUUCUAUAACGACCGCAGCUGUACGGGAAACCAGCGAGCGACAGCCAGAAAGUUUGGUAUCAAUCGACGUCAGAUCCAGAAGUGGCUGCAACAGGAGUCUGUGCUGAGGGGUGAUUGCCUCGACCUCACCUGUAAACGCCGCAAAUUGGUCGAAGCUGACACACAGCUGCAGCUGCAGCAGCCGAUGCUAACAACAAGUGCCACCUGUUGCGGUGUGGAGGCCUACUACCAGUCGCCGCCCCCGGCCUGGUCCUGCUUCUUGCCCGUCGCUGCCGCCCCCUGGCCACCCUACCCGCCCCCGCAGCCAGUCUUCCUGCCCCCCGCUGACUACAAGCUGUUCAGGCACGACUCCUUCCUCCCGCAUCGCCAGUCAAGUCACAUCAAAGUAUACGGAAUGUACAGGUGAAAUUAAUAAACAUUUAUCAUUUUCUAGUUCUAUUAUCUUCUCAUGUUCACAUUCUAACAAAUUUGACCAAUAAAAUUAAUCUAAUUUUCAUUUCAACAACAGUCUAGGCUGAACACUUGAAAUGUAAAAUACACACAUUCACAACAACCAGUACUGCAUCGCACCGCACCGAUAAGUAAUCUUUCUUUCCUUUGAGUGAAUAAAGUUUAUUAGAAUGUGAUAACUUGAUACUAUAUUACAUUAUUUUUAGUUCUAUUUUAAAUUCUUUUGUGAACUAAUAAUUUCGAUGUCACAUUAAUAUUUUCAUUUUUCCCUCGUGAAAUAGGCUAUAUGAUUCAAAAUUUUGUGUAGCAAGAUUACGGUACAAAUAUGGAUUUCUUCUCAAAAAAAUAUUUUCCGGAACUUUGAAUUAUUCAAUGUCGAAAAAUGAUAUAAUUGAUUCUGCCUCAAACACACACACAACAACGAUGAGUUGUAAAUUAAUCAUAGUUUUGUAAUUGUCAAAAACAUUUUAUUUUUUGUAGGAAUUUGUGCAUGUGUUUUCAGACUGUCUGCUGUCAACCUUAUUGAUCUACAGAAUCCUUGAAUAUUUUACCAGAAUCUACUUCUGAAAUUAUAAGUGGCUCUGGAAAUGACUCAUUACAGUACGGUAAUUAGUUUAUUAGUUCUUUAUUCAUCAAAACUAUUGGUCUCCUGCUUACCUAUUAAAAACGGUACCGUGUAGGUACCGUAUUUUGUCUAAUAACCAUCUGGUUAUUGUCUAUAGUUUAAUAUAGAACCAUAAUAUUGAUAAUAUUUCAUAAUGAUAUUGAAGUAGACUACAGUGUAAAUUAAUUCUUGAAAGUUUUUAGUCGUGUAAAUAUUUGUUUACUCUGUAAGUUAAAUAGUAUAGUAAUGUACAGUAUUUAUAUUUGAACAAGCUAAUCUUUUUAAAAAUAAAGUCUAAUUUUUAAACAACCUACGUAUACUUUAAUUUUUAUAUACUUUUAGCUGUGCGUUGAUUUUUGAAAUUUUAAAGACAAUUAGGCCUAUUUGGGCUGUAUGCUAGAAGCUUAUACAAUAGAUUUGAGCCUAUUCGUAAUUGAUUUUUAAAAUAACUAAUAAUAUAAUAAUUGAGUUGAAAUUGAAUGUUGAUUAUUUUUUCUAAGUUGAAGACUCAGUUUGUUGUUGUAUUGUCGUCGAUAUUUCCUCAGAAGCUGGAAUUCAUGAAAUCAUGAUUCCUACUAAUGUACAGUAGGUACUGUUGAAUUUUGCGAUAAUGUGAUAAACUUAUAGUGCCUGAUGUUUUUCAUCUCCUAAUUAUCUUUGAAUAUUGUAAUAAAUAAUUAUCCAAGAAUAGGAUUAGUCCUAUGAUAAUAGUAGGCUAUAUUAGGUGCCUCAUCAAUGUAUGGAAGCUAAUGAGUAUAGACAGACGUCAGUAAAUAAAUUGAGCUUUGUAUUCAAGUACUUCAGCUCCCUUGUAAAUCCAGUAAUACUGUACAUUUAAGUAAAUUGUUGCCUUAAAUAUAAUAAAUCUCAUAGGAAUUCCAUUGAAUCGCACCAAUUUCCUUUAAAUUGUCCAAGAAAAUAUGUCAUUAUUCUUUCUUUCUAAUUCUAAACGAAAGAAUUGCAACUUAAACAAAAUUACAAUCUGUAGCUAUUGCAUUUUAAUUAUUUUAAAACAUAGUAGAACUCAUCUUCAUCAUUAUCUGUUUUUAGAAAAUGAAGAAGUAAUAAUUUUUAUAUCAAAAUCAUCUUAUAUCAAUAUUAUAUCUUUUCACAAUCAAAUAUUUAACUUCGCGUUACAGUAUUUUCAAUCCAGAUAAAUCAUGUGCCAAAAAUCGUAUCAUAGGUCAGAGCAAAUCAAUUUUAUCAUACUGUCUUCCACAAAAAAUGAAAACGUUUUUCUAAAAACUUAUUCCAUCUCAAGCAAUGAAUUAGCCUAUCGUUUUAACAUAAAUAACAAAAAUCUGGUGUGGCGCACUCACACAAAUUUCCUUGCCGUUAUGAAAAUUGAUCACCUGACGCUAGUGUUCCCGCGCAUCUCAAGUCUACUAUUCAAAGAUUUGAGCCAGCUGGU